AUGAUUGCUCAAGUGCUACUUAAAGACGUUGCCGAAACCCCAAGGAUCCCCAUCAAAGAUUGCAUUAGAAACGUUAAGAUAGUAUAUCAUAAAACAAUAAGCAAGAGAAAGGGAUAUCUUGGGCGUAGGCGUGCGUUUGAGAUGAUUUAUAGGAAUUGGUAUGGCUCUUUCCAGACGUUGCCGAGGUAUAUGGCAGCUCUACAAAAAUUCAAUGAUGGAACAGUUGUAGAGUGGACGCUUCUGUCCGGUAAUAUUUUCAACUAUGUGUUUUGGACAACCAAACCAUGUAUUGAUGGUUUUACUCACUGCCGGCCAGUCAUAUCCAUAGAUGGCACGCAUGUAUAUGGUGUAUACGACAUCAAGCUAUCGAUUGCAGUAGGAAUGGAUGCCAAUGGGUCGAUAUUCCCUCAUGCUUUCGUAAUUGCCGUUAACGAGAGCAACGAGACAUGGGGGAUGUUUUGGACACAUUUGAGGUAG